AUGCCUCUCAUCUCGACGCCGAUCCCCGCUGUGUCAAAACCGACAUCUGCCAUCCAGCCUCCCAAGAAAGUCAUCCGCGCCCUGGAUGAUCACAGACCACCACAUCCACUCAACGAACUCAGCUUUUCGAAAGGCGACUUCUUCUAUGUCAUUAACGAGAUUGACCAGGGCCCUGGCUGGUACGAGGCAAACAACCCUAUGACCGGUGCCCGAGGACUUGUCCCCAGGUCAAAGUUCGAGGUCUUCAACAAAUCCAACGCUGCUCUCCAAAUGGCACAAGCCGCUGGCCGGUCGCCCUUUCCCAAAUCUCCCGGACUGACAUCUCCACCGCCAACGUCUCCGCGUCCACCCGUAUUUCACGCGAUUGUCCAGCAUGAUUUCCUCGCAGAACGUGCGGACGAGCUGGACGCCAAGGCUGGAGAUCACAUAUCCGUUGUCGCGCAAUCCAACUUCGAGUGGUUUGUUGCAAAGCCGAUCAGUCGCCUGGGAAGGCCUGGUCUCAUCCCGGUCUCUUUCGUGGCUGUCUCUGACCCAGCUACUGGCAGAGCGAUGACAGAGUCCGAGGUAACUUCGCUUAUGGAGAGUGGCGAAGUACCGGGUGUGGAAGAUUGGAAAAAAUCGAUUCUUGAAUACAAAGCAACCAGCAUUUCUCUAGGCACGCUGGAUGACGAUUUUACUCGUGGAUCCGUAGCCAACAGCCCUUAUGUACCUCCGCAACCUCAGCAAACGAAGCCACUCGAAACGAUUCCUGAACCGGAACCAGAACCUCAGAGAACAAAAACCCCUGUUCUUCCUCUGUCUCGUGGGAUCAUCCUAUCGGGAGAAGUACUCUCAUGGCACUUCGAGAUGGACGAGUACUGGUUCCGAAUCCACGCACUCUUCCAACCGGAUGGCGAUCCGGGCUCUAAUCGUCUUCCUCCGGCAAAGCAGCUCCUUCUGUUCAGGGCUUACAAUGAUUUCUACGACUUACAAGUAAACUUAUUGGAAAAGUUCCCUCUGGAAGCCGGGAGGGUUGCAUCGGGGAGUGGCGAAGAGCCGAAACGAAUCUUGCCUUAUAUGCCUGGUCCAUCUCAGCAUGUUGACGACAAAGUCACUCAGUUGCGCAAGGAUGAGCUUGACCAAUAUCUAUUCCAAUUAUGUGCGCUUUGGGAAGUUGGUGGCGAACACGUCCUUCGUUCUCGGCUGGUUUUGGACUUUUUCACACCCAGAACGGGAGACAACGAGGAGGAUGUAGAGCCGGCUUACAGAAUUCUUGAGGAACGUGCACCAGCACAGCGAUAUGCAACAGGCCAAGAGGAUAUAGACCAGAUGAAAGAAUCUUUCUUGCGCAUGAAUAUGCAGGAAUCUGGAAACAGAUACAGUGACGGGUCAAAUUACGACGAACGAGGAUAUGCGAGUUCCUCCAAAGGCGUGAACGGCAUGGCCUCCCGACGUCGAUCCGGAACGACGUCACCUACUUCAGAACGUAUGCGUUAUCGCCAAAACGAUCAGCAGGAUACGGCAUACCCUCGGGAUUAUUCUCCGUAUCCGACUAAUCACAAGUACACCGGGUCAAGUGCAUCAGCUUUAUCACGGUCAACAUCAACUCGUCGUAACGAGUACGAGGAGCCUGUCGCAAUAAAUGGUCUGGGAAACAUUGAAGCUAGCAGCCCUCAAUCCUAUGCAUCAGGUCAGGCACAACCACUCAGUGCGGCACCCAGUACUGGUUCCGCGGUGAGUCGGGCUCGCUCAGGUUCAAAUGCAUUGAACAGCCCGCCGAUAUCCGCGAACAAUCCAAAUACUGCUUUCAUCAAGAUAAAAAUCUUUGAUCGUCUCACGCAGGACCUCAUUGCUAUCCGCGUGAGUCCACGCGUGACGCACGACCAACUUAUGGACAAAGUUCGCCUACGAUUAGGCGACGAUGUACAUCACCUUGCGUACCGCAACAGUAUCAGCAACACAUUUGUAGGUCUCAACGACGAUGUAUCCCUGAAAGAAUGGCUGGAAGGGACAGAUAAGCAUACGUUAUAUGCGGACUGA